CCACCUGUAGUUUGGACCCAGAAGCUUGUUGCGUUGUUUUUAUUUUAUUUGGUAGACGACAUGGCUUCCUGGAGACUUUGUCAAGUUUUCAGUCGGGCUGCGGCUGCUCGCAGGAUGAUGUGCUUCAGCAGACCCUGUAUUAGAGCAAUGAGUGGUGGGGGCGUUCCCACUGAUGAGCAGCAAGCAACUGGGCUGGAGAGGAAAGCUAUACAAUCUCUGAGUAAAGGAAUGGACCCAUACAGCAUCCUUAAGCCUAAAUCCUACCUGGGAACCAAAGAAGAUCCUCACAUUGUGCCUUCAAUCAACAAAAAGAGAAUUGUGGGCUGUGUGUGUGAAGAAGAUAAUUCAGCAAUCAUUUGGUUUUGGGUCCACGAAGGAGAACUCCACCGAUGCCCAUCUUGUGGCUCACAUUAUAAAUUGGUCCAUCAUGAGCUCCCUCAUUAGACUAAUACCUGAGCACAGAAUGUUAAAUGAGAGAAUUACUGAAAUUGAUUCUUUUAACUGCUUGUGCAGGCAUGUACAAAUAUAUAUGCCAUCUUUAAAUCUCAACCUUGCAAGCAUAAAUACCAUUGUUAAAAGUAUUAUCAAAUAAAGUAAUAUAAGAAAUUA